CCCCGCACCCCCCCGCCCCUCCCCACUUUGUACCUUUCUCGCGGCGGCCGGAGCCUAGUGGGCCGGGCCGGGCCGAACCAGACCGGACCGGACCGCGCGCGGGGGGCGAUGCGGCUGCUGCCCCUGCUGCACGCCGUCCUGUGGGCCGCGCUGCUCGGCUCCCCGCUGCCCGGGGGCGCCGGCCUCCGCCACGACUUCUACUGGAACGCCAGCAACCCCAGGCUGCUCCGAGGAGACGCGGCGGUGGAGCUGGGCCUCAACGACUACCUGGACAUCUUCUGCCCCCACUAUGAGGGCCCCGGGCCCCCCGAGGGCCCCGAGACGUUUGCCCUGUACAUGGUGGACUGGUCGGGCUACGAGGCCUGCCAGGCACAGGGGGCGGGUGCCUUCAAGCGCUGGGAGUGCUCCCUGCCCUUCGCUCCCUUCGGGCCCGUCAAGUUCUCCGAGAAGAUCCAGCGCUUCACGCCCUUCUCCCUCGGCUUCGAGUUCUUGCCGGGAGAGACCUACUACUACAUCUCCGUGCCCACGCCCGGGAGUCCUGGCCGGUGUCUGAGGCUCCAGGUGUCCGUCUGCUGCAAGGAGAGCAAGUCUGAGUCCGCCCAUCCUGUCGGGAGCCCUGGAGAGAGUGGCACAUCGGGGUGGCGAGCGGGGGGCACUCGCAGCCCCCUCUGCCUCUUGCCGCUGCUGCUGCUCCCCAUCCUUCGUCUCCUGCGCGUUCUCUGAGCCAAGGGGACCCUUCCUGCCACCCCAGGAGCCAGCGCCUUCCCAGGACUGCCUGGAGGAGCCCCUGCACCUGAGCUGGGAGUGCCGCGCCGGACAGACAAGAUGGAGGCGUGGCGAGGGGAGUCAGGGUCUGACGUGACCCCUGCCGUGCUGGCCCCCUCGUCCCAGGCUGAAGAGGAGCCACAGGGGAGCUGCACUCGGCCUUGGGCACCGGGAUCGAAGGCAGGCUGAGCCCGGGCCUCCACCGCUGCUUCCGUGGCCUUCUCCAUCCGUCUCCCAGGAAGACUGGAAUCGGGGGGAUCGAACCCUCCAGCCUGCAGGGGCCACGACGAAGAGCUGGGCCCGGUGGAUUGAAGGACCAGGGCGAGGGUGGCCCAGGCCUGCCACUGCCCAGUGCCCUCCCAGGGGUCACUCACUCGUCUUCUGUGAAGACAGACUUGCCAUGAGGCCGAAUUUCCUGCCAGUUUGUAUUUUUAUAAGUCCCUGGACCAAGCCCUCAAUAAACCGCCCAUCUCUUUUGUUGCUCUC